CUUUCUCUUUUCUGUACCCCUAGACGGCCUCCGGCCACAUAGAAAUAGAGUGUUUCUGAUUCCUUGUUCGACGCUUGGCCUUUUCCUGCGUUACGCACCCUAGAGCAAGUAGUUUUCAGAGUAAACUAUCGUUCAGACUCGUUCGACAUGCAGAUGCCAGCCGCUACCGCUACCGCUGCUUCUACUCCCUCUCCUGCCUCCCUCAAGGCCGCUGUCGCCCCUGCUGCGGGCCAGUUCGACAUCACUGGUCUCUUCGUCGCUGACAAGGCCAGCCGCGCAGCCGCUGCAGCCCAGCUCGCUGCUCUCGCCGAAAAGGAGGGCCCUGCUGCCAUCCAAUCCGUCGGCUUUACCGAUGCUGUCGUGAAGGCUCUUCAAGACAAGAAGUCGCCCGCUGCUCGUGAAGGCGCUGCUGAUGCGAUCGCUUUCGCCGCUGCAUCUCCCGCCAUCAGGGCGCUUGAGCCUCUUUUCGUCGACAGUGGACUGUACGCUGCACUUCUCGAAACCUUCGCCGACAAGAUGCCCGCUGUCCGGACAGCGGCCGUCGAGGCGGUCAGGAAGUACUUCUCCGCUAUGAACCCUUGGGCAACCAAACUUGUGUUGCCCGCCCUUCUUCACGAGAUCAAGUCUGCCGGCAAGUGGCAGAUCAAGACCGGCGCUCUUGCUGUUCUCGAUCAGCUCAUUGCUUCUGCGCCGGUGCAGAUCGCUCGUGCUACCCCAGAUAUCGUUCCCAUCCUCUCCGAGGCCAUCUGGGACACUAAGGCCGACGUGAAGAAGGCUGCUCGUGCUACGCUUGAAAAGGCCACAGCUCUCAUCUUCAACAAGGAUAUCGAACGCUUUAUUCCUGCUCUAAUUGACGCUCUUAUUAAUCCCGUCGAGAAGGUUGUCCCCACUAUUGGGCUCCUCUCCGCCACCACAUUCGUUUCCGAAGUUGAUUCGCCAACUCUUUCCCUCAUGGUUCCCCUCUUAUCUCGUGGUCUCAACGAGAAGCUCACCGCGACCAAGCGUAAGGUUGCUGUCAUUGUUGACAACAUGUCUAAGCUUGUCGACUCUGAGGUCACCGUUCGUCCCUUCCUCCCCAAGCUUCUCCCCGGUCUCCUGAAGAUCGAGAGCACAAUUGGUGACCCUGAGGCUCGUUCCGUUGUUGGACGUGCUAUCGCGACCCUGCGCCAGGUUGGCAACGUUCCUACCGGUGACGGCUCCGACCUUCCUCCUUUGAAGUUCGCGGACGAGAAACAGCUCGCGCACUCUCUCAUCGCUGUCUACAAGCAGCUCGGUGCCAGCCCUGUUCCUUCUGCUGGCAACGUCGAGACGAUGUACGCGUCCAAUUUGGCUGCUAACCUCGUCAACGCCAAGGAGUUCGACUCGUCUCAGUGGCAGACUCUCAUCCCUUACCUCAAGUUCCUCGCUUCCGAGCCCGAACCCAUCAAGGUUGCGAACGAGUGGGUCAUCAAGUCUGCUACGAUCGGCGAGGAGAACGACGAUGCUCUCGAGGACGAGGAGGAGGGCGAGGAUCUCUGCAACUGCCAAUUCUCUCUUGCUUACGGUGCUAAGAUCCUGCUCAACACCGCUUCGCUUCGUCUUAAGCGUGGUCACCGCUACGGUCUCUGUGGUCGCAAUGGUACCGGAAAGUCCACCCUCAUGCGUGCUAUUACCAAUGGUCAGGUCGAGGGGUUCCCAUCUCCCAAUGAGGUCCGCACCUUCUACGUCGAACACGACAUUGACGGCUCUGAGGCCGACACCUCUGUCCUCGAGUUCAUUGUCGCCGAUACGCGUAUUCAGGCGUCCAGGGAAGAGACCGUAGAGGCCCUCGCAUCUGUCGGUUUCUCUGACGAACGUCAGGCGCAGCCCAUCGGCUCGCUCUCCGGUGGUUGGAAGAUGAAGCUCGCGCUCGCCCGUGCCAUGCUCUUUAAGGCCGAUAUUCUUCUGCUUGAUGAGCCGACCAACCACUUGGACGUUGUCAACGUCGCUUGGCUCGAGAACUACCUCACCAGCCUCAAAACUUGCACUUCCAUCAUUGUCUCGCACGACUCUGGCUUCUUGAACAACGUUAUCACCGACGUCCUCCACCUCAACCGCUUCAAGCUCAAGCGCUACCGCGGUAACCUCGAGUCCUUCAUGAAGGCCGUUCCUGAGGCUCGCUCGUACUACACGCUGGAGGCGGCCGAAGACUACCAAUUCAAGCUUCCAGACCCUCCUCUGCUCGAAGGUGUCAAGACGAAGGAGAAGUCGCUGAUCAAGAUGCGCAGUGUCGGCUUCAAGUACCCAACGCAGACCCAGCAGCAGCUGUACGACAUCACCCUCCAGGUUUCCCUGUCGUCCCGUGUUGCCAUCCUCGGUCCCAACGGUUCCGGCAAGUCGACUCUCGUCAAGCUGCUCAUCGGUGACACCGAGCCGAACUGCGGCGGUGAGGUCUGGAAGCACCCCAACUUGGUCAUCGGCUACGUCGCUCAACACGCCUUCCAUCACAUCGACCAGCACCUCGACAAAACUCCUCUCGAGUACAUGCUCUGGCGUUAUCAGACUGGCGAGGAUCUCGAGGAGAUGAUGAAAAACUCGCGCCAGAUCUCAGAAGAGGAGCAGCAGAGGAUGAAGGAGGGCUCCAUCGUCGUUGUCGAAGGCCAGAAGCGCAUCAUCGACGAGAUUCUGACCCGCAAGAAGCUCAAGCAGUCGUACGAGUAUGAGAUCUCCUUCAAGGGCCUUUCCUCGUCUGAGAACAUCUGGAUGCCCCGUGACGAGCUUAUCAAGCGUGGCUUCGAGAAGAAGGUCCUCGAGGUCGACACACGCGAGGCUCAGCGCCUCGGUCUCCUCCGUCCUCUCGUUCGUCGCGAGAUUGAGAAGCACUUUGCGGACUUCGGUCUCGACGCGGAGUUCGUCUCCCACAACACCAUGCGUGGUCUCUCCGGUGGUCAGAAGGUCAAGGUUGUCCUCGGUGCUGCGACGUGGCGCCGCCCGCACGUCAUGUGUCUGGACGAGCCGACUAACUACCUCGAUCGUGAGUCGCUCGCGGCGCUCAUCAAGGCGCUCAAGGAGUUCGAGGGUGGUGUGCUCAUCAUCACGCACAACCGCGACUUCUCUGAGUCCAUCUGCAAGGAGGUCUGGGCGAUGCGCGACGGCCGUCUUGAGGCGUCCGGCCACAACUGGGUCGAGGGCCAGGGCUCCGGUCCCCGCAUCGACAAGAAGGCCGGUGAGGACGAGGACCAGUACGAUGCCAUGGGCAACAAGAUCGAUGUCAACAAGAAGAAGAAGCUCACUUCCGCCGAGGCCCGCAAGGCGAAGAAGGAUCGUAUGGCGCGCCGCAAGCGUGGGGAGGAUGUCAUCAGCGACGAGGAGCUGUAAAUCUGGUCUUUAUUGUAUUUGCAUCUCUUACGUCUUUUUCUCUCCUGCACUGUUGUCUCGCUACGGAUCGUCAUGCUGUUGUAUGUCUGUGCACGCUCUUCGAUCUACUUGUAUGGCUUUCUCUAUUCUGUCUACCUACGGUGUCUUAAUUCAUAUGUGGAUCAACUUCCAUCUUCU